AUGCCUGCGCUGCGGUCUUCCGGUCAAGACUAUACCCGUCUGAUGUCCAAGAAUGCCUCUACCACGCACACAAAACGAAACUCAACGAGGCCAAUACCCCCAAUUUUGAAUAAGUCUGUGACAAAAUACAUGGCACAGGGUCAAUAUCUCUCAAAACGCAAUUCAACGAGCAGCUCAUCUCGUCCCGCUGCAAAUAUUGCACCGGCAGAGAUCCUACUGGAGAUUUUCUCCAUGCUGACACCGCGGGACUUCGACAACGCCCGGCGGACAUGCUCACAGUGGAUGCGAAUUAGCCUAAACCACAAGCUACUUGAGAACAUGUUGAAAAGAGCAGGGUGGUGGGAUGCAUGGCUGCAAGACUGUCAAACGCCACGCGUCUCUCGGUUAGAUGAAAGCGAGGUCUGGAGAAUGAGCCGCCGCUUUGCGACAGAAUGUCUCCUUUCGGGGCGAAAAUUGAAUGCCGAGAAGCCGGGGUUUUUGACUACCGCUGUGGUAGACUUUUCGAAUCUGUCGGAUUCUGCAAGAAGAACAUCCCGCACUCGACUUCAGCCGGUUUUGCAGACCGAAGGCAAACGAUCCGGGUCAACUUUCAGCAUUAGCAGUUGCAGCAACUACCUGCUUGUAACGACAGGCUACACGAUCUAUAUUUAUUAUCUUUCGGGUCAACGGUCUAGGCCAGCAUCUGCACCCUUCAGCCAUGGCAUAGCGCUAGUCUCACGCAUCUCGUGUCCGUUCGAGAUUCUGUCGGCCGUCAUCGACACCAGUAAGCCACAAUUCACCAUCGCUGCAUUGCUCUGCAGUCGUGUUGGCAUGAUCUGCAACUUGGAUAUGGCUUGGGCCAAAGACUCGACUACCAAAGGAUCUCAUUUCAACAGCAAAAUGGCCACCUCAUCCCGCCACUUCUUCUACAACAUCUGCACAGUCGACAACCCACCCCGGACAGUUGCUCUCUGUCCAGGGCGGCCGAUCGUCGCUUUCGGCUGCGCCGCUGGCAUCGAGAUUCAUAGCCUGAACGAAACAAAGCACCAGGAGCAACGCAGACACUUCACCCUCCCCCAACCCUCCGAAAUCCUUCAUUUCCUCCCAAGUAGUCCGGAAACACCCAACGAGCUACGUCUCAUUUCUUCACUAUCCGGACCAGGCUUGCACGAAUGCAAAUGUCCCCCUUCACCUUCACCUUCCCCUUCAUCUGCCUUGGCAUCACCAAAACUCGACCCAAAAAGCAACCAAUUCCAUUUCCUCGCAGAUAUUCAGUCCUUCAACCGCCGCAUCAUUCCCCACACCCCAUCCCGCAGCUUCGUCCGGGCAACACACUGUCACCACUAUCGUGCCGUCCCCAUUAACGACGGUUUGCAUAUCAUGUUCAUCGAGCCACGCACAAGCCUGCUAUGUAUCGGCACCGACGCUCCAAUAGGCGGGCCAACAAGCCUAACCCGCGCAUUCGUCUGCGUCCCGCCACCUUUCUCAAACACUCAAAACCGACAAAUCAAGACACCACCCCCAUCCCCAUCCCCCUCAAAUACAAAUCCGCCUCCAACAGACCUCCCAGUCCCAUCAACCUUCACCGCUGGCUCCGACCUCCGCUGGGGUCUCCGUAUUGUCGCAGUCUAUGGCGACCGCCUCGUGCUGUACUCGAUUCCCCUGGACGUAUUCAACGUCAUCCGCAAAGAGCGUGAACGUCAGGGCGACGGGGUGAUGGGUUCCAGCGAUCUCGCACUCGACUGGUACAUUGACUCGGAGCGAUCCCGCAAGCGGCGCGAGAGUCUGGUGCAAAACCAGAAUGGGGAUUGGGAUUUCCUGUUGUCUGUCCCAUAUCGGCCUACCGCUAUGAUGUGGCCGUUCAAGAUCUAUGGCAAGGAGAUUGGGUCUGUUAAGGGGACUGUGGAGCUUGCUUUGCAGUCUUCUGAGGGUGGUGUCAGGGUUUGGGCUUUUGGGAAGGAUGGCAAAGCUACGGUUUUGGAUGUUGAUACUGGCGAUGCUCCCACCCGGUCUCUUGGUGUUGGUUCUGAUGGGGAAUUGGAGGACCUUGGUAUCGUUCAGCGGGCUUGCUCAACUGGGAUACGUUCGAGAAAACGCAAGUUUGAGGAGGUGAAGACAGGGUUUGCGGGUCGUCAUGGUGCUGGUCGCUAUUCGGCUGAUGGAGUCAAUGUCAAGCCGUGUGCUGCUGGCGUUCACGGUAUACAUCAGGAUCCAUCUGUUCGACGCUCAUCUUUUGCAGCUUGCAUUAUAGAUUUUAAGAUUCCCUUGUAUUAA